UGAUCUGUCGUGUUGAUGCCGACAGCCACUAAAAAUAAUUAAUCUGUUCUAAAUAGUAUUUUUUAGAAUGAUUGUGAUUGUUCUAGAAAUGCUGCAUAGCCUCUGGAAGGCAAGGCUUAUGCGUCGGUAGACCCACCUAUAUAAAGGAUUGACAGGCUCGGAAAGACGGAGAUUCUGAAAGAAAUUAUUAACUUUACGAGACAUGUAUUAUUCUUUGUGUUUUUGUGUGCUCAUACUCACGUGUUUAUUUCGCAUUCAUCAUUAUUCAUUGGCACAUUAUUCUAACUGUGUUAACUGUGUACCGGUGCAAGAUCUACCAUACUGUAAGUUGAAGAUUGUCAUUAUAUUUUAUUUUCUUUUGUAAUUAUAUUAAGACUUAAUAAAUCUUAUUAAUUGUAACUAGAGACUGCUUUGGGUGUCGUAUCUUUAAUAUUGUUGACUCUAUGGUAUCGUCUUUUGUUAGGCACUGUCUACAACGAGCCAAUUAAAAUUAAAAUAGGGGAUUAAUUUCUCCCAAUAAAAGUCAGUGCGUAACACCCUGGUUCCGAUAGGAUCAAAACCCUGGUUCCGAUAGGGUCAAAAGCCAGGUUAGGGACAAGGUUAGGUUCAGGUUAGGUUUAGGGAUAGAUUUAGGGUUCAGGUUAGGUUUAGGGAUAAAUUUAGGACAUAAGUUCGCGGGUCGCGGUUCUAUCUCUUCACAUUUACAGAGAAAAGUUAUGAAUUUUUUAGUGAUUCAUUUUUCCCCACUAUUUGGAUUUGUAGUUAAUUUUUAAAACUGUGAUGGAAUAUUAACUGUUUGUACCAUUCUGGUUGUAUCUUGUUGACUUUUAAAGUUAGAGCUAUCCAAUUUGGAGGAGACAUUUACAAUACAAUGUUUAACAAAACACAUACAUUUGGAAUUAACUUACUUUAUUUUAUAAGCAUGGUCACUACAAUUGUAGAAAAAUUAUUUUUUACAAUAAAAUGACAUAAUUAUUAAACCAAUAAAGCUAUUGCUAUAAAAUUUUCAAAUCAAACAGAUUAUGUCCAUCUAAAAGUAAGGCACAUCUAAAAUAAAUAAAAUACAGAGUAGAAAAAUGUAUGCAGUAUUAGAAAAAAUGUUUCAUGAAAAGCAACUACGGCCGAGACAUUUUUUACAUUUAAAUAUAUAACUUUUAAACUAAUAAAGCUAAUGCAAUCAAAUUUUCAGUACAAAUAGGUAGUGUCAAAGCAAAUAUAAUAGAAUAUUAAAAUAUUGCAAAAGCAAUUAAAAUCACGCUAUACAAAAUUUUAAAAUGUCAUGUAACCUGUCGAUAUUGAUUAACAUUUUUAAAUAUAACUUUUAAACUAAUAAUGCUAAUUCAAUGAAAUCUUCAGUACAAAUAGACAGUGACAAUCUAAAUUUAUUAAAAUAUUUACAUACAAAUAACAUAAUUCAGAGCAUUUUAUGUAAAAGUUAUUGAAUGAAACUCCAUCUCUGUCGACAUUAUUAUUGUACCGGGUACAGGUACAUUAAGUUUCGGAUCUGGAGCUCUAGCAACCCUUCAUCCUCAUCGAUUGAUUGGUAGAUUAAAAAACAUCUGCCUCCAUUGUCAAUAUCAAAUGUGGUUGUUUUUUUUUAUAUCUUCCAAGUUGGCACAACAUAGCACAAUUACAGGGAAUGAUGACAAUCUCUCAAUCUGUAACUCUGAAAAAUAAAAAAAAGAUUAGGACUACUAAUUUAUGAAUACCGGUACAUAUAAAUAAUGAUUCAAUAUUUUUAAAUAGGCUACACAAUGUUCUUUGGUUAAGUAUUAUUAUUUUAUAGUCGAUAUAGUAUAUAUAUUAUAUAUAAUUAUAGUAUAGUCCUAUUUAUUUUAUAAUCAAAUAAUCCUGCUAUUUCAAUACUACUAGUUACAUUAAGCCUGUGACCUAUGCCUGUACCAUCAUAGUUUUCUUUGUUAAUACUUAGUUAAUUAAAUAAGUUAAGUUCAGUUAGACUUAGUAAAGUUAUUAAAAUAAUUGGAAUAAGGAUUUCUGAAAGUAAUUGUAAAAAAAAAAUCCAGGAAGGCAAAAAUAAAAUUUCCUAAGACAUACCAAAAUGAAAGAAGUUGGCCAGUGAUUUGGAGAGAAAUAUCCUGUGUAUGCUGAAUUGGACUUCACAGAAGAAGGGGUGUAUUUCCAGUAUUUCAUAUCAAAGUUAGAAGAGUCUCAUGAAACACUGUCUGCAUCAUUAUAAUAGAAACUCAUUAUUAAAAUGGGGUAUGACACCAUACAUAAUUAAUAGGCUUCUAUCUAAUGAUCACAAAUGCCACUGUGGCCUAAUCUUUUUAAAGUAUGUUUUUGAGACUUUUGCUUAAUUUUUCUGUAGUUGCCAUGCCGUGAAAAAUUAAUGAAAAGGCAAAAAUUAACUUUCAAAAUCAAAUUCCAAAACAUAGUGCAUUUUUGACUGUCUAUGGUCCUCAAUGGGCCUUAACCUAGCACUGAGUAUAGUUUAUCGGUUUCAAUCAUUCUAUUGUAGUUUAAAGGCUAGAUAUCUUUUACACAUUUAAUAAUACCUUAGUCAUAACUUGGCCCCCUUAAGUAGUAAUUAACAAAAAUAUUGUAAAUCCAUGAUAAAUAGGCCCCUAGCAGUUGUGUCUAAACCGCCCCCCCCCCUCCCCGGGACAUUGGUCAUUUAUGUGAUGUUGGUCAUGGUAUUGGCAUUUCAUUCAAGAGUUCACAAUGAAAAUAUGCCUAUUUAUUAGAAAUGCAAAAACUUACUCUUAUAAACUUGUUAGAACAUUGUUGGUUAUUCAAUAAUGGUAGCUUAUUGAUAACAAACUAUUACAGUUUCACUAAAAGUUCAAUAAUUCUUCACAUUUUUCUGCAAAUCAAAUUGUCAAAUGCAGUGGUUGUUCAGAAAAUGAAUUUUAGUAGGCAUAUUAUAUUUUUAGUUUUAAUUCAUAAAAUUCAAUUGUCAGGUUUAAUGGCUGUGCGUUCAAAAUGUAUCAUUUUUUGAAAUUGUGGAAUGGAUUUCAAUCCUCAGUACUACCCAGACCCGCAAAAACAAGCGUCUGGUUUUUCUCCUUUUUGGUUUCGUCACAUUGUUAAAACAAAAAUAUCAAAACAAAUAUUGAGUAUUUGUACUAUUUCUUUUCAAAUAUUUAUUUUGCAACUGGAGAAAUUCAAAAUCUGGCAUAAAAUUGCCCCCCCCCCCCCUCACAAUGGAAGUAGCUGCCCUGAUUCUGUUUAGAUGCCCCUUAUAACUAGCCUAUAUUUAGAACACAAGUAGUAUUUUGAAUACCUAUUCAGUAUUCUUGUUGUCAUCAUUGUUGCACUUCUGAGUGUGCAUGUGCUGUCUUAAUUCUGAAAAUUUCAUUUUUUAUAAUUCCAGAGAAAGCAUGUAUGACUAUAAUAGAACAUUUAUGUUAAUAUAUGAAGAAUACGUCACCAGCCAUUAUGUUUUCUUUGAAAAACAAUGUUACCACAUAUUAAAACAUAUUACUACCCCAAUAAUUACAUUUAUUCCAAUAUCGCUAUUACUAUUAAUUUUAAUCCACAUCACUAUGUUGAAAUAGAGUUCAUCAGGCAAAAUGAAAUUGCAUUAAGGCAGACUUUUUUUACAUUUUUUUUACAGAUGUAACAUGAAGAACAGUGACUGAGUGCAAAUGGAUUCUUUACAGAGAAGACUGCUCAAGGAGCUGUUAUUUUUAUCACUUGUUUUUAUUCCUCUGGUCAUGUCAUGUCAGAGAAAACCAGAUUUACACACAACUCAUCAGACUACAGCAGCAGCAUCUACCACUCGUGCAUAUCCCCCAGGAAAUACAACUGCAGUAAUACCUGUGACAUUGUCUCCUUCUCAACAAGGUAUAGAAUUUUACAAUAAAUUUUAGUAGUGUAGAUGACAUUCAUGUCAAUAUAAAAAUCACCUGUGUUCUGUCAUUCUGUAUGUCUAAUUAUCAGAAAGGCUGCAGAAAAGCGAUUUAUACUUCAAAAUUUAUUAGGAAUUUGAAGCUCUUAAGAUAUAGAUAUAAAAUAAUAUUUUUGAUAGUUUAAUUCAUUAAUUGAAAAACAAAUCUGUAACAUAUACAUUGUUAUUUUCAUCAAAUGUUAAUUUUUCUUAAAAAACAUAAGAACACAGUAUCUCUUUUACACAACUUGAAUGCAGUCCAUUAUUUAUUAUCUUUUAAUUUUUCUUAUUGUUAAUUGAAGGAAUAAGAUUUAUGUGGACUUACUGAACCAAAAGAGUUUAUUAAAAAUUCUGCAUACAAAAUUUGAGCUCUUUUAUUUUGUUAACGAAAUAUUAUCAACAAAAUUUUCGAACAAAGGUUUAAUAAGACUCACAUUGAAGAAAAAAAAUGCAUUCAAUGAUACAUUUACUUCCAUGUAUCCCUACAAAGCUUAUUAAUGGUAUAUUAAUUUUACUUAGGAUAUGAAAACAUUUUAUCCACAACAAAUAUGUUUCAUUUCAGCAAGGUAUUUGAUAACACUUAUAAAUUCUGGUCCUGCCAUCCUUGAUUCCAUGGUGCUAUUCAGUGCAAAGUUAACUAAAUUAUCUGGAAAUGACUAUGAUCCACUGCCAGUUCAGUAAGUUUCUAAAAAUCAUCAAUGAUGAAUGAGCAGUUAAAUAUUCUAUGUUUACAAAUGAACGCUCAAGAAAACAUAAUUUAAGCACGGAAUGUUUGAUACUUACUAAUGUCUUAUUGUCUUCGAUGAAAGUACAGUUUGGUUUUAUAACAAUAACACACACAAAAGUUUGAAGCUCCAAUUUUGUGUAGUACAGAGGUCCUUAAACUUCUUGCACACUUGAGUGUCAAAUAUAUAAAUCAUAUAAAUUUUGGAUUUGUCAGCACAAAAAUUAAUAAAUGCCAUCUCUUAACUCCCUCAUGGGGGCAUGCCUUCAGCUGCUUUUAAGGUAGCAUUUAUCCUAUGGGGUCAUCUGUCAUCUGUUGGGGAUCACUUUUCAUUAUGUUAUUUGUAAUGCCCCAUAUCACUUUGACCAAUGUGGACUAUUUCCCCCCUUAGUUUAAAAUAAUUUCUUUUUACCUAUGCAUCAAAACCUAAAUUAAACACACUUUGUUUUAAAUAUUUAUCAACACUUUUUUUUUAAAAUACCUAUCAACACUUGCUUUCCUCCUUAUUUUGAACAGAUUUAACUUCCAGUGGAUGAACAUGGCCAACAUACAGAUGAAUAAAACAAAAAAUAAUUUCACGUCUCAAAUAUCCAUGAGAUUUUCAAGCCCUAGUGUUUCUGCUGGAGAGUACACAAUGACAGUGGCAGCCUUUCCAUCCAAUGACUCUACAAAAAUGGUAGCUUAUGAGACCAUGAAAUUUGUCUUGACGGGUAAGAAGAAUUUGAGCAGUUAUUUACCUGUGCUACUACUUACUAAUAAUAUAAAGGGGUUGGGUUGACUAUGAUACAGCUUUUCCACUUAAGGAAAAUUACUAAUCUACUACUUUCUAUCACAUUUACCAAAUUUACCUGGACAUCUAGUCAUGGUAGCAAUGUGAGAGGAUAUUUUAAAUUUUAAUAAUCUCUAACGACAUAAAUUUUGGAUGGGCGGAAGUUUUCAGGUGUACUUUUAAAAAACAAAUUUAAUUGUAAUUUAUUAAUUUUUUUGUUUACACAGAACCAUGUUGUAGCAUGUUUAUAAAUGUUUAUUAGUUUACUUUUUUUUUUUUUUUUGAAAUUUGGAAUCCAUCUGAAGUCAUCCUGAAAAUAUAUUUUUAUUCCUCAGAUAAUUUAAAUGGCCACAUGAUAUUUAGGCAGCCCCUAGAUUAUCAGAGAUUUCCUCAUGUUUUUGCAACCAGCCAACCUAUAACUAUUGCUGUAGAUAUACAUGAUAAAUUUAGCCAAGGGGAAGAUGAUUUUGAAUAUAUCUGGUUUAUGGGUGAGCAAUUUAUAUCGCAGGAGAAAAUAUUAACGACAAGUUUUGAUGCGCCUAUGCAAUUCUUUCUGAAAACGCUAGUCAGCUUAAAAUCUAAGCAAAGUGUGUAUUAUGUAAAUAACGAUCACACCCACAAAUCUCCUUCUGAUAAUAGAUCUUUCUCAAAUAACCAACUAAAGCCAAAUACAAACUAUGAAUCACAUAUAAUUUCAAGUGACUUGUCAACAUUUGAUGAAAAAUGCCAGUCUUCAAAAUGUGGUCAGUUUGAAGAGUUUGUUAUUUUUAAAGGUAAGUUUAAUUUUGUCAUACUAAAUUUGUAUCUUCUUUUUUUAUUAUUUUUUUUAUUAUUUUUUUUGCAUGCAUUUGGGAUUGUGAAGUCGAUGUUGUCAUGGGUCUUUAUCAUUUCCUACCACCAACACCCACAUUUUUAACUUCAGUGAGGUUUACAGCUUCUAUGUUAACGAGUCUAUAAAAUGCAGUGGAUUAAAAUGACACUCCAGGUGUCUUCAUCAAAAGUAGUUAAAUUAAAACUUGUUUUGAUCCUUUGAUUUGCACCUUAACAUAAUCUAAACAUAUUUGGGGGGGGCUAUUUUCUUAUAUUAAAAAAAAACAUAAACAUUUUAAGCUCUCAGAUUCUCCAUUAUAGCUGAUUAUCUUAAAAAUCAUGUAUACAUAAACAUUUGAUAUCAUAAUGCAUUCACAGCAUACCAAUUUUACAAGCUUCAUCAUCAUGAUAAGUUUACCUGAUAAGCUGGUACUGUAGACUUUUAUCUGUUUGCCAAGGUCAUUGAUAGUAAAUGUAGUUUUCUGACCACUUAAUGUUACCACAUGAAUAUAGCAAUUAUGUCAUUAAUUUUUUUUAAAAACAUAACUGCUUAGCUUAUUGUUAUCUAAAAUAAACACAAGAGCCAGGUCAAAAAGUGCAAACAGGUACACUUUAUUUAUAGAGUAAUUAGCUAGAAUUGGUUAUUUCCAAUACACUAUACUAUUUUUUAGAAUUUUCUGAUUUAUUGAUUUAUUAUAUUUUCCAUCAUAUUCAUCUUGACUGGAAGUGAUUGUAAUUAUUCAUGUGGUUGGCUCCUAAAAGAAGAUAAUUUUUUAUCACAAGCUCAUACACACUUUUUAGCCCACAGUUAUAGCUGAUUUUUUUAAUUAUUUUUUUUUUAAAAUUACUAAGUAGCUUUCAAAACAUAUGUUAUCUAUUUAAACGUAUUCCUCACCUGAUUUUAUUAAUAAUAGCCUUUUGAAGCGAAAAUUAUUUUUGAAGUUUUGUUCCUCAUUCAAAAUUGGGGCAUCAACUACUAUAUACUGAUGAAAAAGUAGGGUAAAAUUUUCUAAAUGUUUAAAAGAAAUUGUCAUGAUAACUCACCCAUCACCUCCAAAACCGACCGAACUAGGAGCAUGAAAUUUGGUAGGUAAAUCAAUUGUAUGAAGUAAACAACCACCUAUAAAAGGUGAUUCUUAAAAACGGAUGAUUUAAAGAAAUAACACAAUUUUUGUAUACAUUUUUCUUUAAAAAUAAGGAAAUAACUCCAACAAUCCAGUAAAGGGCUUGGAAAAGUGGUGGGUAUAUUUUUGGAAGGAUUCAUACAUCUCAAAAACUGAAAAUCUUACUGCUCUGCUUUCCAAACUGUAUGUCUGGACUCAGCAGUUUGUCACCUCAAGGAUGUAGGUGUGUUGCACAAAAAUAAGCCACACGCUGUGAACAUUUACACCUUUUUUAAUACUUAAAAAGUCACACGCUGUAAAUGAACUAAGACAAGUUAUGGAGAGAGUGGUGCAAAUAAUAAAUUGUAGUUUUAAAAGCAGACUUUUUAAAUCAAAUUUAUAUUGCUAAUAUUCGGUAAUAAAUAUGGUCAAAAUUUUAAAAAAGCUGAUACUGCACACAUUCAUUGACUCUGAUGAGGUCGGGUAUUAUUUUUAUAUACUAAUUAAUUUACAGAAUAAUGCUUAGGAAAUAAUCAAAACGAGUUCGGAUUCUGACAUAUUUGAAUAUUCGAAUAAAAUAAACAUCAGCAUGCAAGGAAAAGAUAUCAUUGGUAUAUCUUAUUGGUGACAUGGGAUAGGGAGACAAGAAUGGCAUUUUGAAAUAAAAAGUGUUUAGAAGAAAAUUUGGAAAAGUAUGUCAAAACAGCUGAGUGUGAGCCAAAAUGGGAAAUAGCAAUUUAAUUGUGGACCAUUUGAAUUAACAUCAAGAGAAAGUUUAUCUUUACUUCCCAAAUGCUAAAAUCCAAAACUGUGAUUGGGUUAGGAAUCCUUUUCUUUCAAAUGAGAGAGGAACUUUUCUUUUACUUAAUACGAAGAAUAAGAUGAAAUAACAAAUGUUUGGAAUCUGUUAAAAUAAAGUUUAAGAGGAAGUUUUGGAUUUGCAUUUGACACUUGCAUACAAAAUGCAUAUAAAAGGUUUUCAUAAGAAUGUUGUAUCAUCAUACAUUGGGUUAUAAGACUAAAUUUAUGUUUUUAUGUUUUAAAAUGCAUUAGUUUAACUUCUCAUAUACAUGUAAAACUGAUUUACUGUGUCACGAAAUAGUGUAGUUCUAAAAAGUCUUUUAUUGACAUGAAAAUUUGGAAAGCACUAUCUUACAGACUUGGAAGUCGGUAUUUAGAUUCUUCUUUAAAAAUAAGGAAAUACACAUGAUUAACCUUUUCUCGAAAAUAAAGUUUCAGUGUUGAAAGAUGUAAACACUGAAUAGCUCAGAGUUUCAGUUGACUUCAAUAAUUUUAUUUAUUUUUAUUAUAUUAUCUUUCUUUUUUCUUUCUUUUUAAAAAAAAUUAAAAUAUGGUUUAGAGUUGAAACUAGAAUCUUGUCCAAUUAAACAACUACUUAUAUACACACAACUUCUCUUUUGCAACUAAUUUUGAAAACCCUAAAACCUUUUAGAAAAUAAUGACAAAGAACAAAUAAUAACUGUAUAAAUUUGCUUCCAUGUGGGCAGUUUUUAGUUUCAAAAUGGCUUGUAGGUAUAUUACUAUUUCUGACAUAAUUUUAUUCAUUUAAAAUUAAAUUUGAAAUAUAAAAUAAUUUCAACUGGCACCAAACUUGAAUUUGAAAAAAGAAAUCAGAGUUGAGAUAGAUUUUUGUGACAUUGUCACAUCACAAACACUUAACUCAAAGACAAAAUAUAAACUGCCCUUUAAAAAGUUUGAUAUAGGCAUCAGCUCUUGUCAUCUAAAAAACUAGUUGAUUAUUAAAAACCACCGAACAGUUUUCUUUGCUGGAGCAUUCAUUUAUAUACUUUAUUAUUAUGAUUUUUUUUGGUGCAAAUGAUAUAGAUAUAUAUAUACACUUGAAAUCUAUAAAAAUGGAUUUUAGUUUGUAAUUUUUAUUUUCCUAGAUUCCUUAAAAAACUGCUCCAUUAAGAGACUUGAUGAUGAUCACGACAAUAAAGAAAUCCCUUUAGGAACUCCAGCAUUAUUUAAUAUUUCUUGCCUUGGAAGGUAAAGAUACAAUUUAAUGAGACUGCCACCAAAUUUAAAAUGAAUUGUCUAACAGUCAGAGCAGUUGAAACUAUUCAACUGGUCGGUCCAUGGGUGGGUAUUUAUAAACUAACCCAAGUUUUCUUGUAUUAUUCCACUUUCCAAUAUUGAUUACAUAGCGCUAAGUAUCCAUGCAAUUUUAGCAUGCUCACUGCGCUCUCAGUGAUGGCAUCCGGGGCGUCGCAGGGGUUGUCGGAAUGAUUCAUUGUUUCGAUGUUUUCCGCCUGUAGGGGACGCCAUCUCCGGGUUUGAAUUUAGAGUUUCCUUCUUUUAGAUGAGUUGCCGACCAAGGUUAAUGAGUCCCAUCUACCCGGGGGGGCUGGUGAGGUUUUUUUUUUUUUGCUUGACUGGGCUUUGGCUGGAAUUGAACUCCCGACCACCAACUUGAGAUUUGCUCAGUUUAGACCACUCGGCCCACCGCUGCCUGUCAGGUGCUUGUGAACCGGAAACUCUGGCUUUGGCUGGAAUUGAACUCCAGACCACCAACUUGAGAUUUGUUCACUUUAGACAACCCUUACUUCUGUUCAAAAUAACAAUUCCUGUUUUCAUUAACACAUCUUUCUAAGUCCACAUUGCAUUUUAGUGAUUAAAAAAAAAAUAUAUAUAUAUAUAUAUGUUUUAGAAAAAUAUUUUCCUAUUAUUAUUUUUUUAGUAUAAAAAAAAAAAAUAUAUAUAAAUAAAUUUUAAUUAUUUUUUUUUUACCAUUAAUGAUUGAAAUUGGAAUUCAAAGUUGCAUUUAUUGCUGGUUUGCUGCGUUUUUAUAUUUCUAUUUUAAUCCGUUAUGUUUAUAAAAAUGUAAUAUACCUGUCUCACUUUUUUCGUUUAAAUUAAAAUCAAACUAAUUUCAAAAUGCGAUAAUUACAGAUUGCACCAAGCAUCCAUGGUUGCUGAACCAAACUGAGCAUUCGUUGUUACCUAACCAAACCCGUACUUAAUUUGUUAGUGAACCCAACCAAACCCGAACUUAAAUUUGAAUCGUACCUGAACUUAAGAUGUUACAACCGAACCAAACUCAAACUUAAGUUGUUAAAGAAACUAACCCGAACUUUUAAAGUGGGUUCCAUUCCCAUCUCUACUUUCAAUGCAUGUCUUGGCUUAUAGACCAAUGUCACACUUUCAAUACAAGGCUUGUCUAAUGGACGUCAUGGACAUUUUAUUGUGAUCUAUUUUGCUUUAACUUUCAUGAAUGUUUUUCCAUUAAUUUACCAUUUUAUUAUCAGAUAUUCACAACAAGCCCACACAAAAUUUUAAGGGCAUGUUUACAUUACUUGUUAAAAUCUACAUAAUUUAAUUCCUCCCACAACAUUUACAAGCUGCUACAUAUUAUAAUGAACACUCUUUGAAAGCCUCAGUGGUAAUGUAAACUGUAAAUACCUCUUUGAUGCUAGCAGAUGUUAGGUGAACAAAGUUGAUUUUAAAAAAAAAUUAAAAACGUUUCUUUUUUUCCAAUCUAUACACUCAGAUAUUACAAGCAAAAAAGACCUAGUAUUAUCAAGUCUAGUCACAACUUCUAAUGACCUACAUUUUUUUUUACAUUUCAAGUUAACUCACUCCUGUCUGAUUCGGUUGAUGGUAAUAAGUUUUAAAUAAUGUCUAGCUAGACACUUAUCAGACUGCAAUCAUUUAGGCAUGGCAGUCUGCCAUCAGACACAGCAGUAUGCCAUUAAUAAGGUCCAGAAGUCUCCCAUCAGCUAUAUCCAGCAUUAAGUUGAAUGAACGCGCACAACAUAUCAACCUGAUGUUUUAGUUUUAAGUACUAAAUCUAUAUUUAGAUAUUUUAACAUACUAAGAAACAUUGCUCUUACUAGUUGUUUACAUGUUUAAAUAAGUAGUUUUAAUUAUAGUUAAUUGAAUAGCAGCACUAUUUUGUACAAAUUGUACCCAUUUAUACUGGUAUGUUUACAUGAGUUUAAGUUUUUAGCAGCCUACACCAUGUUGCUUCUGCAAAUUAUAAGAGGGUGGGGACUGUGAUAAAGCUUUUAAGUUGCUUAAUGAGACACAAAUAAAUUGUGUUAAUAUAUAUAUAUAUAUAUAUAUAUAUAUAUAUAUAUAUAUAUAUAAUGUAUAUAUAAUAUAUAAAUAUAUUAAUGUUUUUUUUGUUUAUCUAUGUAGGCAUUUGCUGAAACGUUUAAUCAUUAUUGAAGCUUAACAUAUGUUUUUUUAUUUACACAAAUUGUGUCUAAAUUAUAAGAGGGUGGGGACUGUGAUAAAGCUUUUAAGUUGCUUAAAGAGACACAAAUAAAUUGUGUUAAUAUAUAUAUAUAUAUAUAUAUAUAUAUAUAUAUAUACAUAUAUAAUGUAAAUUUAAUAUAUAAUUAUAUUAAUGUUUUUUUUGUUUAUCGAUGAAGGCAUUUGCUGAAACGUUUAAUCAUUAUUGAAGCUUAACAUAUGUUUUUUUAUUUACACAAAUUGUGUCUCAUUAAUCUGCUUCUGUAAAUGGACCUAUAUUUUGUGUCUUAAAAAGAUUGCUUUUUAUUUUAUACAGCCAGUAGGAAUCUGAAACCAUUAAGCUUUUUAAAAUUCAAUACUAAGAUGAAGAUUAUUCAUUCACCUAUUCAUGAAACUAAAGGUUGAAAAAGAAAAAAAAGUGCAUUUCUUAUGUUUUAACUUUUGUGUCAAUUAAAAUGGGCCUGUUAUUAGAGUUAAUUUUAUUAAAAAAUAGAAAAAACUUAAUUUCUGGAAUUGCAAUACCAUCAGAUAUCUAGCACACGAGAACCUGGCUUUACCAACUUCCAAAAUUAAUUUCAAGAUUUAUUUGAGGAAUAGUAGUUAGAUGCUCAAUGAAUGUCAUGAACACAAUAUUUUUAUUAUUAAGAUGUUCUGUGUCCUAGGCAAUGUUCCCUUUAAGCUGCACAGCUGUGCGGCCGUGCAGCUAUCUCACAGACAUGUGCAGCAGUUUUGAGUAUGCACAGCAAAUUUCCAUGUAAGUGUGUUUGUGGGCUGUAAAUUUUGCACACACAAAAAUUGAUGCUGUAAAACUUUGCACACAACUGUAUGAUUUUGCACACGAACCAACAAACCUUAGAGGGCACAUUGGUCCCAGGUCCUUCCACACAGUGCGGUGCAGGCAGGGCAACAUUUUUUUUAAAGGGCCAUUUUUAUAAAUUAUAUGACUUUUAUAUUUGCAAAGAAACAUUUUUGGGAUUCACAUGUCUUAAAGGUUAGGAAAAAAGAACUGCUGCAUGAAGCUCCAGGGCCAUUGGUGUAAUGUAUUGGGCUGCAAUUGAUUCCCCCUUUGCCCUGUCUGUAAAUUGAUGUUUCAGUAGCAUUUAGGCCUGUGUCUUACUUUUUCAGGUCUCUUCAUAAUGUUUUCCCAUCAAGUCUUUUUUUUAUUUUCCCUUUCAUGGCAUCCACUGGAUUAUGGUCUCAGCUAUAUGCUGCUGAGUUAUGCAUAGGAUGCUCUCUGGUGCUAUGGUAUGUGUAGGAUGUUGCCUGGUGCAGGGGUAUGUGCAGGAUGUGCCCUGCUAAGUACAUUAUGCUUAGAGCAACUAGUUUCCAAGCUGUGUUCUACUUCUUUUUGAAACUUUUUCUUUACUUAAAUGUACGAGGUAGCUGAUCUUCAUUAUUGUCUCAGGCAUCUUUGGUAGAGUACAUUUAGUGCCUAGUUCUUUGACAUGUCUUGCUGGCAGAAAUUUCUGUUUGUCUCUUGGGUCUCUCAUCGUUAAGAAUUGUUUUAUAUUUGAAACUCAAAUUUGUUCUUGUUUGUAUGUUUUAAAAAAAUGAAAAUUCAACUGUCAAUUCUAUCAUAUACUUCGGUAUUUAAAUGGUACAACGUGACAAAAAUUACAGUAAUUACAAAAUAAUUUUUUUUUCCUAACCCAGUGGACCUACCAUAAAUACAAAUGUCAACAGCUGCAGCUGGUUUUAAACAAGUGCAUUUACGUUACGUACUAUGUUCAACCACCUGUUUCAUCCCAGACGUCAUUAACUUUUGUGAACAUUUUGUUUUUGAAUGAAAUUUGCAUACCAUUGACCUCAAACUGUAAAAAAAACAAAAUAGAUAUUCAAAAUGGCCUAGCGGUGAGGAUGAUUUAUAUUCGUUGGCCAACUUGGCUACUCAUCACAUUAAGAGAAAGGAUCCCUGUCUCAUCUCUUCAUGUUUGGCAUAGAUAUUUUGUACAUUAAUAAAUAGUGUGUAAGUUAACCCCAUUGUGUUAUCUGUUUAAUAUAUAAAGUUAAAGAAUUAUGGGCAUCAUUAACUACCAUAUCAUUAGGUAGCCCAACAUCAAAAAAGUGACUGCCCUAAAAUUUGUGACUAAAAUAAAGAACGAAUUUGAGUUAGUUUUCAAUAUGAUAGGGGAAUUAAAUGUUUUGGUUUUCUUCUAUUUUCAGCGCACCUUCUGGCGUUUGCUUUAAUGUCACAUUCCUUAAUGGCAGUGUCCCGAGCUACAAUGCCUGUACACCAGUGAUCUUUUCUGAUACCGUCCAGCAUUUGGUAAAAGUUGAACUGUUCAAUGCAGGCUGGGCGUAUGUUCAUUUCUUCAUCUAUAACGAUAUAAGUCGAAAGUACAUGCGAGAGUUGUUUUAUGGCUAUGAUCCAGGUAAUAAAAUUAUUUAUUUUUGUGCAUAGUUUUAACGGUGGUGAAUCCAGAAAAAAAUGAAAGACAUGAUUUUACAAAUUUGUAUACAACUUCAUUAUAUUCCAUUUAAAGCGUGUGUAUCUCUAGGAAGAAAAAAAACAAGUUUUUGCUUUACAUUAGAGUUCCCUUCCCAUAACAUUACCUGUUACUGUAUUGAAUUUGCUAACUAUUACUCUUUAAAAUUGUAACCGAUUUUUGUGAAAAAACAAUAAAUGGGGGGAAAAUAUUAUCUAGAACAUAUAUUUAUCACGAUAGAUUCUCAUUGUUUUGACUACUUGCAUUACGGAAUUAUCAUUGUUGUUAUUUUUAUUUGCAGAAAGUGUCAAUGUCCCAGCUUUAAUUUUCCCAAUAAUUUUUAUACUUAUUGGGAUUGUUAUCCUACUUGUUGGGGCUGCUUACAUGAUGCGACUCAGAAAGAAACCACAAGUUGAAGUGGCAGACUUUGACUUUCAUCCCAAUCUUACCAACAACCAGUCAAGGACAAGCGAAUAUUUCUCAAGAGUCGUUUGCAAAAUAAAAAAUAUGUUUCCCAGAACACGUCAUGACUCUAACAACAGAGAAUCAGAGUCGACGAUCCCUUUAUGCCAUGAGGAAUCAAGUGCACAUCACUAUAACAGCCUGUUAUAACCCUUCUGAGAAAUUCUUAUUCCUGCAUACUUUCAUUGAUUCUGAUCUAAAACAUUUUACAAAUAACAAUGUCAGCUUUUUUUUUUUUUUUU